AUGUCGCUAGUGUUACGUACCAAGAGAAAGAAAGACUGGUCCGGCCUUUCUCGAGCGGUGGAGGCACCCGCCCACCUGCUGGCCCACGUCCGGACCAUUGAGACCUUCAUGGACCGUUACAAGGAACGAGAGGCUCCAUAUCACAGAGUGCGCCCUCCUAAUGAACAUAGCAACGACCCACGCACGUAUGGCAAGUUGCAUUUCCUGUCUAGUACUCUCUUGCAAGUCCUGGCAAAAUGCGAACCGGGAACGCUGGAAAGGUUCAGUUGGAGACUCGGCACAUGCGUUCCGCGCGAACUUCUAGGACGCUCCGGUAUUCUUGCACGAACCCAGAAAAGGCUUCAAACAAUCUACCUUGAAACGGCUGGACUCGCGGGCCACCUGUACGAGCAGAUAUCGUUGUCUGCAUUCAAAAAUCUCAGAAGCCUCUCAUGGAGGAAAGUUUCCACUACUGAUAUGAGUCAAUUAUGCUUAGCGCUACAGCAGAACUCCUCCCACCUUGUCCAUCUCGAGUUGAGAGAAAGUGUCGGAGAAAUCCAACAAGUCGCAACGAAGCUCGCGGGGCUGGAAAACAUUACGUUUCCCGCGCUCAAGGAUCUGUCUCUGGGAAUGCGAUUUCCAACAGAGCAAGUCCAAAAGCUGUCUUCUGUCUUCGCUUUCCAUAAACUCCGAUCACUGAAGCUUCAUUUGUGCAAAGGCUGGCAGGAGCUGCUACUCAGUAUUAGCAACCAGGACAUUGGGCUAAAAAGCUUUAUCAUUCGUUUGGAUCGACCAUCGGAUAUGAUCCGGAAGGCCUACCGUGAGCAUUCAGCAACGACCAUCCUUGCGCAUUCGGCAAAGUCCCUGCAUGCGCUUUCGGUCUUCAUUGCGGCUUUCAGUUGCCUUGAAGAGUUGCAGGUUCGCUGUUCGUUUCGCCUCGGAAAUUCCUUGCCGCUCUGGCGCUCUGCAUUUGGUCAUCGCGAGACCUUGAGGAGGUUUGUCUUCACGGAGGAAGAUCACUUCGUCACACGAGAUGAGAUUGAGGCCUGCGGGCUGAUGGCAAGUCCACCCGAAGACCUGCUUUCCGAGCUAGCUGUUGAGUUCCUCGAAGUUUGUUGCCCUGAUUUCGGCUCUUUGAAACGUCUGCUAUCCCAAGGAAGGAUCCGAAACCACAUUCGUAUUCUUCAUCUUAGAGUUAAUCGCUCGGUUCAGGACAAGGAAUCGGACGCGACAUCGGUCUCUCCGGACGAUCGCUACCCUAAUCCUUGGUCCUCACUCCGCUUAUUUAUGGAUUGGGCAUUGGGCUCCGACGGGCCCCCAUUGCUAGAAGGCAUAGGAUACCAGGAUGAAAGGUAUAAGUUCUAUGAUUCACUGGUGCUUUUCCGCAAACGCAAGCAGAGCAUCUUCUCGGAGGCGGGAUAUUACCCAGUCCUUGAGAAUGCUCGGUCAACCUGGGAGUUUCUCGACAAGGAACGUGAUGCCGCUGGCAGCGAUGCCCGACAAGGAUGGAAUCAAGUACGCGGGACAGCGUGA